AUGGAGGCACUCUGUAGCAGGAGCAUCCCUGGCCCUCAGCAGCUAUGGAAUGGGAGCAGAACAGAGCGGGGGCUUAUGGCAGAGGCAGCAGGACCGGGCGGGCACCAGAAGGAGGAGGAGGAGGGCCGCCUGAUGUCCAGUCAAAGACCAGGGCAGGAGCGGAGUCCGGGAGGAAGGCGCUGGUGGAGGGAUGGGACCAUUGAAUGGAAACAACUCUUCAUUCUGAGCAUCAUAGUGAUUGUCCUCCUACUGGGGCUCAUUAUUGCUCUAGCUACUGAGACUUGUCCUAAGUGUGGAGAGACUUGUCCUAUAUGUGGAGAAACUUGUCCAGAUGACUGGGUGCAGUUCAGGAAGAAAUGCUACUUAUUUAAUGGAGAAAAAAAUUGGACCGAGAGCCAGGAAUUCUGUAAAUCCCAAGGUGCUGAGCUAGUCGUGAUUGAAAGCCAACAGGAACUGUCAUUGGUUCAGAAAUUCCAGAAUUCCUGGAUUGGUCUCUACAGGAAUAAUGAAGAAUUCUAUUGGGUAAAUGGAGCCCCACUGAACAAGAGUCUGUUCGAAGUCACUGACCCUGGAGACUGUGCAUAUGUUUCUGCCAGUAAGAUUGCUACAAAUUCCUGUUCCACAUGCAAGUUCUACAUUUGCAGCAAGAAUAUGACUGUGACAUGAAGGAGGAAGAGAGUGAAGAUGGGACCUGUAGGAAAACUAUAAUCAAGGAGGAGGAGGAGGAAAGUUGGGAGUCCUCAGAGUUCUGGGUGACUGGAACUGUUAGUUCCUCAAGUAAACUGUAAUAUCUUUGUGGGCAGGGAUUGUGUCUUUCAUUAUUCAGUGAGAGAACUAGGCACAGAGAAGUGAAGUGACUUGCUCAAGGUCACACACAGCUCUAACUCCCAGGCCUAUUCUUUUUCCACUAGGCCAAACUGAAUACGGUAUAGAGUGGGAAUAAAGUCCUUAUGUGUUCGUGAAA